GAAGUUGUGCAAAGCCUAUGCGGAGGGACACUGUUCUGCAGGUGGCUUUCUCCAGGAAAGCAAUCAGAAAACUCAGCAUGUGGUGCAAUCAGUCAAGUCCUUCUGUGAGAACUGCGUUUAUGCCCAUGGAGAAGUGCAACUUCGCGUUACAGAUGGGAUCUACAAAACCCAGAUGUGCCACUUCUAUGAACGUGGCAGAUGCUUAAAGGGCGAGCGUUGCAAUCACGCUCAUGGCCCAGAAGACCUGAGGGAACCCAAAUCAAAGGCGGAUCCUUGGGGCCCUCCUGAGGUGGCUACUCCAGGCAGGGCUUGUCCGUCCUAUUCGAAUCUGCAGCAAAUCUCGCAGGCAGGAGCCUUUCCAUACACUCCUCCGCAUGAUUUGCCGAUGCCCUGGAUGUGGUACGGACAAGGCUUGGCGACCCCAGAGUCCUACUACUUUGGUCCUUCUCCACCACUUCAUCCGCUACCGCCAGAAGCGCCCCAAGAGGCCAUUUGGACGGAGGAGCUUCAAGUGGAGCCCUGCGAUCUUACGAAGCGUUUAGCGAGUUUGGAAGCUGUCUGCACCGACUUCACAGCCGAUGUGCGGACGAUCACCGAGGCAGUGCCGAGCCAGCCCGGAAACUGA